CUCAGGGCACAGUUGGUACGCGACUCAAUUUUCUGCUUGUCAUCUACAUUAUCGACGGUAUACAACUAUCCACACGAUAGCACCAACCGUGAUGAACCACGGCGCUAGCAUUUUCGCGGCAUUAAUUCGGACUCAUCACAUAACUAGUCGCAAGAAACUUGCGCGUGUAAAGAAGGCCGCCCUUCUUCAUAACUUGCAUGUGCUUAUCCGAAGUGGCGGGUCGCCCGGUAUUAUGUACGCCGAAGGACCUGAUGAAGCCUCCGUCAGUAGCUGGGUCAACAUGGUCCAGGCUCUGCGAUAUAAAGACUUUCAAUGCGCACGAAAACCGGCCGCCCAUCAGAUCCGGAGUGCUGUCGGCCGGCUAAAAGACGGAGGCUUUGAAGAAGUUGCCUCCGUAACUGAAUUCGGUGAGAGAAUGGAGCAACGGGGUUUAGGAAGCUGGUGGAGAAUCGGGAGUGAGUGUACUCCGGAGUUGGGUUCUCCUCAUUCCGACUUCACUUCGACUUGAGACACAUAAUUGCCAUGUGUAAUUAUGAUAUACGAGGAGCCUUGGGCUACGAAGCAUCUGAC